AUGGAGGCGCUCAAGUUUGCGCCCUGGACGUCGGAAAUCGAUCUAGGCUUCUACUCGGCUCUUGGUAAUCUCAAGCUCAACCAUGACCGACUGGACUCGUCGGCCCGCAGGGUUUUGGGUGUCUACCAGAUCCAGACGAGGGACCCGCCAGAGCGCUCGGCUCGCAUGCAGAUUCACAACCAAGCUCUAACCCAAGACCAUGUCCCAGCCACCUUCUACCGCGGCGAGGGCUACAUUCGCAACUUCAAUACCAUGGACGAGUACAAGCAAGUCGACAAAGCUGCACACAUCGAACGCGCCGGCCGAACAAUCUGGGACGCCAUUAACGAUGGAACAAUCUUCUCGUGUCCCUCACUGCUAGCUUCCUUCUCAGCCAUCUGCUACGCCGAUCUCAAGAAGUUCAAGUUUACAUACCAAUUCGCAUACCCAGCCCUACAUUCCGACCCCACCUGGUCCUAUUCGACGUUGCAAAAGAUUACUCCGAACGAGACAGAGCAGUUGGUCGAAGAAGUGGGAACUUGGAGGUACAGCGUAGACACAAGACAACAUGGUUUCUUCCUGGCAAAGAAGAUUAGAGGCCCCGACCUGAACGACGACCAUGAGUCACAUACCCCGCUUGAUGAACCCGAUGACCGAGACUUUGAAAACGACCACUUCCACGACGCAAACUCCGAGCCUGGUGAUACUCCCGACUAUCGGUGGAAGAUUGGCGCUCUAGUGAAUUUCGAGACUGGCUUCUUCAACAAUGUCGACCCUGAAGAUCAAUACAUCUGCUUCGCGGACCCUUCAACUUUCGAAUCAAAUCCUGGCUGGAUGUUGAGGAAUCUGCUCGUCCUUGUACGUCAACGUUGGAAACUCGACAAACUUCAGAUUAUGUGUUACCGCGACACGCACGCUCGACGAGAACAGUCGCACACCAUCUUCUUCAAGGUCGAGUCGAUUCCACCGGCAGAACGUGGUCCUAUGCCGAAGAUCACGGGCUGGGAGCGAGACACCAGGUCUCGAAACUUGUCUCGCACCAUCGACAUGGGCGCCUAUAUGGAUCCCACUCGCCUUGCUGAUCAAGCUGUCGACCUGAAUCUGAAGCUCAUCAAGUGGCGCAUCGCACCCUCGAUCGAUCUUGAUAUCAUCAAGGACACAAAAUGUCUUCUGCUCGGUGCCGGUACCUUGGGCUCUUACGUCGCACGCAAUCUCAUGGGUUGGGGUGUACGAAAUAUCACAUUUGUCGAUAACGGUAAAGUCAGCUUCAGCAAUCCCGUGCGUCAGCCUCUUUUCAACUUCGACGAUUGUCUGAAGGGCGGCUCACCCAAAGCCGAGACGGCUGCUCAAGCACUGAGACGCAUUUACCCAGGUGUCAAUGCUGCCAGCCAUUCGCUAUCAGUGCCCAUGGCUGGACACCCCAUCAUGGAUGAGAAGAAGGUAAAAGCUGAAUUCGAUCAACUACAUAAGCUAAUCGAAGGCCACGAUGCCAUCUUCAUUCUCAUGGACACACGCGAAUCACGCUGGUUACCGACAGUCAUGGGCAAAGCAGCAAACAAAAUUGUUCUCAAUGCUGCUCUUGGUUUCGAUUCGUAUAUGGUCAUGCGACAUGGAGUUUCCUCGCAACCACAAGCAGAACAACUGGGAUGUUAUUUCUGCAACGAUGUGGUCGCGCCUGCCAAUUCGCUCAAAUCUGCUACACUCGAUCAACAAUGCACAGUCACUCGUCCUGGUGUAGCAGCCAUUGCAUCAGCACUUGCAGUCGAGUUAUUGGUCUCAAUACUGCAACAUCCCGACCAGGCAGCUGCGGCCGCUCCUCCAAUAAACGACCCUCAAGCUCAGCACCCAGAUCAUCCACUGGGCAGCGUGCCUCAUUCCCUUCGUGGCUUCCUCGCCGACUGGAAGACACUUACUAUCAGGGGUCAGGCGUACGAUUGUUGCUCGGCGUGCUCACCUACAAUUCUAUCACUCUAUAGCAGUCAAGGCUGGGAGUUUGUGAAGCGUGCUAUCAAUGAAAAGGGAUAUGUCGAGGAGGUAUCUGGAUUGGCGGAAGUGCAGAGGAGAGCUGAAGAGUUGGAUAACGAUGUUGAUUGGCAGAGUGAUGGUGAGGAAGACAAUGAAGAGGCUGAGAUUAUAUAG